AUGGAGGCUGGUUCCGGAAGCUGCGCCCCUCGACGCGUGACGUCACUGUCGGGCUCCUUCGUCCCCGAGAGCAUUCUGAUUGUGUACUUCACGGCUACCUUCCCCUGCGUGGUCCUUAUCGUGCUGUUUGUGGGGGGGGUGUUGCUAUCUGGCGCCCUGGAUGGCAUCAUUUACUACGUCAAGCCUGACUGGUCGAAGCUGGGGUCCCCACAGGUGUGGAUAGAUGCCGGGACCCAGAUUUUCUUUUCUUACGCCAUCGGCCUGGGCGCCCUCACGGCGCUGGGCAGCUACAACCGCUUCAACAACAACUGCUACAAGGACGCCAUCAUCCUGGCCUUCAUCAACAGCGGGACCAGCUUUUUCGCUGGCUUCGUGGUCUUCUCCAUCCUGGGCUUCAUGGCCGCAGAGCAGGGCGUGCACAUCUCCAAGGUGGCGGAAUCAGGGCCCGGCCUGGCCUUCAUCGCCUACCCCCGGGCCGUCACGCUGAUGCCUGUGGCCCCCCUCUGGGCUGCCCUGUUUUUCUUCAUGCUGUUGCUGCUCGGCCUGGACAGCCAGUUUGUAGGUGUGGAAGGCUUCAUCACCGGCCUGCUCGACCUCCUCCCGGCCUCCUACUACUUCCGUUUCCAAAGGGAGAUCUCCGUGGCCCUCUGCUGCGCCCUCUGCUUUGUCAUCGACCUCUCCAUGGUGACUGAUGGCGGGAUGUACGUCUUCCAGCUGUUUGACUACUACUCGGCCAGCGGCACGACCCUGCUGUGGCAGGCCUUCUGGGAGUGCGUGGUGGUCGCCUGGGUGUACGGAGCCGACCGCUUCAUGGACGACGUCGCCUGCAUGAUCGGGUACCGCCCUUGCCCCUGGAUGAGAUGGUGCUGGUCCUUCUUCACCCCGCUGGUCUGCAUGGGCAUCUUUAUCUUCAACAUGGUGUACUACAAGCCGCUCGUCUACAACAACACCUACGUGUACCCGUGGUGGGGCGAGGCCAUGGGCUGGGGCUUCGCGCUCUCCUCCAUGCUGUGUGUGCCCCUCCACCUCCUGGGCUGCCUCCUCAGGGCCAAGGGGACCGUGGCUGAGGUCAGUCCCCUGCACCCCCUCUUCCCUUGGUACCAGGAGAUGCCCCCGCCCCCCAAAUUCUGUGGGUCUCCGGCACACUUCUCCCCAGCCCCAAUGUAG